AUGGAACAAGAAAUUCCCCAACGAAAUGAUCCUGUUGCGUUGUGGAAACGAGCCACGGUUGAUGGGAAAAAGCGUUUUGAGUAUCCUCGUUCGCAUUUUUACCCCCAUCCCGAUGAUGUGAAAUUUGGUGGUGAGCGUAUGCAUGUUCUGGAAUCGUCUGUACUAAUGGUGGACAAAGAGUUAGGUUGGCGUCUAAACAGAUUAAUUGUUACUGCUUUAAGGUCAGCUUCGGAACUGCUCGCUUCAAAGCCGGUUUUGCUAACGAAUUUGUCACAAAUGACUCCCGACAAUCAAGUUAGUUUCAUAAAAAAGUUACUGAAGAAUUGGCCUUACAAAGUGGAAAGCAGGGCUAUGAUGUGGCCGGUACAUGCACAGCUCGUCGCGAAUUCGAUAACUUCGUCACUGAUUGGUAGCUUAUUAGACCUUGUUGGAAGAGAAGCCUAUUUUCAUUCAAACGUGAGGAGUAUUUUACCGGUAGAUGUGGAGGCCUCCUGUUUAGCUAACUGCUUGAUUUUAGCAACACGUAUAAAUUCGGAAAUGAUUUUAAUGAGAGCAAAUACACCAUUUAUCGACGCUGUGAGGCUGUGCCCCAAAGCUCCUUUGGUAAUGGCAGUUUACGUUUCUGGUCUUUCUUCUCUGGGAUUUUACAAUACCUUCGUUGAGAAAAUCACACACAGGGAAGGACAGGUCUCCCCGGUUAACGUUUUUGUGCGAAAUUUGAUUAUUGCAUUUAUAAGUGGGAUAGCGUUGCCGAUGUUGUCAACACCGUAUUUAUCUUACUAUGUGCUGUUACAAAGAGGCGAAGAAAAGUAUCCGUUAGUUAAAAAUUAUUUGGAUUUCUUGACACUAUCGUGGCUUGGCUCACGUGUUGCCUAUCCCAUAUUACCUCGUAUAGCAGCACUUCAACUAGCUGUCGUAUGUGUGUCGACAUACGCGGUGUUAUGGGGGAGAAAAAGGGUUUUUGCAACUGCUGAAAUCGAUCCGGAUCUUGUAAAAGACGUGGUCUCUACCAGCCCGGAUACAACUGCCCUGAAAACAUGGUUAGAGAAUAAAUUGAGCAAAACGCCAUUAUUGGGCAGGAUUGUGGAGGACCCAACUAGAGAAUCGUGA